CCGGCGCCGCGGUUAGCAUCAGUCAACCUGCUUCGCCAGCAGUGGCAGCAUCAACGACGACCACCGGGCGCCAGGUGUUUGUGGUUCUCGCGCGUUCAAGGUUAAUUUCACAAUUUUACCUAAUUUUUAAAAACACCACCGGACUACGGUCAGUACCCGCUGGAGCAUCAGCAGCCAGAGUAAACGUCACCAAAAAGGGGAGAGCACGAUGUGGAUGCUCCAUCAACGCGUUGGAGAAAUCUGGUUAUCCGUGUAGUGGUGCGGGCGGCAGCGGACCUACGCAACAACGUGCCCUCCCCCCAUCAUUGUGGGGAGAUUUCUCGGGUGGAUAUCGUCUCGUUGUUGAUAAACACCUCGUCGUGCUGCGGUAUCACCUCGUCGUCAGUGAGUGAGCUUUAGUGGCGGAAAAUCGCACAAUUCGCAUCAUUCACAUCGUAGUAGGGUGGAAAAGGGUGGGAUUUCCCCAAAUCAGUGACCACCAGCCUACUCUUUUGUUGUCGCUUGGCUUCGUGUGUUCUACGGAGUGAAGUGCGCCGUGUAAUCGUUUCGCAGUAGAACCGCCCCCCGUGUAGUAGGCGACGAUGGUGUUUGUGUCGCGGCCCCACAGGAUUGCUUUGUGCUAAACUGUUGCCAAUCUCCAUUGGCCAAACCAGUGUGAACUUCAAUCACACGUUGCACUACGAAGAAGAGUUAAUAAUCGUGAAGACAGAAAGCUAUCAAGCGCGCUGAUCAGCUGUUCGUCUCUAGUGCACGUACCCCUACUACGCUGCAUCGGUGCAGCCGUAGCAACCGUCUAGUACUUAGAAUAUGCAGCUAAAUCGCUGUCACGUUUCGUGAACGGAUUUCAAUCAUCAAAGUUCGGUUUCUACGGCUGUGGAAAAUGUCCAACAGUGCUAACGGGAUCGGCAGGCUAGCCAACGGUACCAGCAACACAAUCCAUCGGUAUGGCGCGACAGACGAUUCCACAACAGUCCUAGCCGUUAAUGGAGGUUCGAGGCAUCAUCGUCAAACCACGGUAGGCACCGACACGAUAACGGCAGCAGAUGAGGAAGGUGUGGACCAUCAACAUCAGCACAACCACCACCAGAAGGAAGAGAUGCCAUCGGAACGUACCCAACAGCAGCAACAGCAGCUGGAGAAGCGGUCCACGCUGCGGAUGUGCGAAAAGAUCGGCUACGGUCUGGGGCACGUUUACAAUGAUCUGUGUGCGGGCGUUUGGUUCAGUUACACGCUGCUGUUCAUGCAGGGAGCCCUCGGUAUGCCGGCGGCAGAAGCCGGAGCGAUGGUGAUGUUGGGUCAGGUUGGUGACGCGAUCGCAACACCGAUCGUUGGCAUGCUAACGGAUCGAUACGGUACCAAAAGGCAGUGGCACAUUUUUGGUACCUUCAUCGUGUUUCUUACAUUCCCGAUGAUCUUCUCACUGUGCCCCUGGUGCACGGUGGCACCGCACUGGUGGGAGAUCGUGUACUUUGCGGCUGUGAUACUGGGCUUCCAGUUCGGGUGGCCAAUCGUGCAGGUGACACAUCUGGCCAUGAUCCCGGAACUAUCGCGCACUCAGAAGGAUCGCUCCGACCUAACGGCGAUCCGGUACUCGCUCUCAAUCAUCUCCAACGUGGUCGUGUAUAUCGUCACGUGGGCUGUACUGAGGAAUCGAAGCAGCAUGGAAAAUCAGAUCGGUCCCGGAGAUGCAUAUCGAUUCAGGGAUAUCUCACUCAUCCUGACACUGGCCGGUGUUUCGAUGUCGGUGCUGUUCAACUUCUCGCUUACCUUCAGUGGGUACGAGCAACGACGGAACACCGCCCUGCUGCACAAUGUCAUCCGACCGGUGGCCGCCUCGGAGGAGCCGGAUCUGGAGCGAGAAAGUUUACUGAGACCAUCAGCGGUGGCAGCAGGCACCUCAUCGAAUGGUCCCGAGGCAGUUCUGCUUCGAAAGCCAAGGAAAAACUUCUUCAAAUCACCUCUGCUCUACCAAAACGCUCUACUGUAUGUGUUUUCGCGGCUCUUCAUGACCACAUCGCUGGUGUACAUGCCGCUCUGGCUGGACGAACAGGCGCACCAUCAGCAAGACGGUCCACCGACAGGAGACCAGGUGAACGUGGACCAUCUGGCCACCGUCCCGUUGGUUUCGUUUCUGGCCUCGUUCGUUGCCUCGCUCGUGCUGAAGUACACCAAUCGCUUCAUCAGCAACAUCGGAUCGUAUUUUAUCGGAUCGGUUAUCAGCAUUAGCGUUUGUCUGUGGAUUGCCCUCACGGCAGUGGACGCCAGCUUCAGCACGUUCGCGUUGUUCGUUAUUGCGGCGCUGUUCGGUGCCGGUAGCUCGGUCACGAUGGUCAGCAGCCUGUGCAUCACCGCGGACAUGAUUGGGAAGCAUGCGGAAUCCGGCGGGCGGAUCUAUUCGGCCGUCACGUUCGCGGAUAAGCUAGUGACGGGCGUAGUGGUCGUCAUAAUCGAAUCGGUCAAGUGCAAGGACCGAACGGAAUGUCCAGAGUAUUAUCAAGGUGUUCUAUCGUACGGGUGCGGGUUGGCGGCGAUUCUCGGGUGCGCUACGCUGGCCACUUUGCUCUGCACCACGGCGGCGACCCGCCGCGCGAGGAAUCGAUAGGCUUCAGCCUGGGGCCAGCCAGCAGAGGCUCUGUUUUGUUGUUUUCGUAUUCCACGGAUUCCACUUUAUUCCUUUUUUCCGCUGUAUUUUAACUUGUCCACUAGAGUAAGGCAAACGAGCUGAGAAAAUACAGAGUUUUUUAAAGUUG